AUGGCUCGUGGACAUCAGAAGGCAUUGUCGCAGCAAAGAAAUGCUGAGAAGCAGGCAAAAGCCAAGAAAUCUGUGGGAGUCGAUCAGAAAGCAGCUGCCAUGAAGAAUCUCAAUCAUAAGUGUUCCGUGUGCAUGUCAAUGAUGCCAGAUCCAAAAACCUACAGACAACAUUUUGAGAGCAAGCAUCCAAAGAAUGCUAUUCCACCAGAACUCGAAGGAGUACAAGCCUAA